AUAUAUAUAUAUAUAUAUAUAGAUCAUAUACAUUCAUUCCUUAAGCUAUCAUAUAUAUGAUAUACUUUGACUAUCCAUACAGUUAGCCUUUUCAUAUAUACCUUCACCCCUAUUAUAAAUGUACUAUCUGACCCCCAUUCUGUAUACUAUCUACCCCCUAAUACAUGUACAUUGAUCAUGUAACUCCUAUUAUACCCAUAUAUACCUAACCUUUCUAUAUGUUUGUCUUGUACUUUAGUUGAAUGCUGUAUAAUAAUCAUUUUCUGCAGAGUUGCAGAGUUUAAACCAUAUUAAUGUAUUGUGGGCGGAUUUAUGCUCCAAUUGCCUUAUACAAAUUACAAAACUUCAAGAACCUUCAAUAUAAAAUUAAAUUUGGAGAAAUCUCGGUGAAUAUGAAAUAAUUGCCUUUUAAUUUAUUGAACCCUGUGAAAAGUAAACCACAAGUUACUGAUUAUCUAAUUUAUUUUCAACCUGACUUGAUUCUGGUAACUUUUGGAUGACCCCUUGAAAGACAAAGGCAAGACAGGUCCAUUGUACAUAUUAUAGAGCCCCUGAUGUCCCCCUGACAACAUAAGGUACUCUCUCUCUCUCUCUCUCUCUCCCUUCUCACAUUAGAUCACAGAUACACAAUCUUUAUCUGUUUUAAAAGCUCAGAUUGUGACAGAUUCUCUUAACAUAUGAGUUAUCAUCUAUGUAAAAAGAUGAUUUUUUGUAAUACUAAUUAGUCAUUCUAUGCAGUUCUAUAAUAAGCAUCAGGGAAGACCUUCUUGCACUACAUGCAGUGUGUGAUUAAGAACAGGAGAGGGGAUGGAAUGUUCAUAAUGGUCCAAUUAAAUCAAUAUUAUUUUGUUAUUUUCUGAAAAUUAUGAGCUACAAUUAAAAUCCAGUGAUAAACUUCCUGCUCUGUGAUUGGCUGGCCUGGUCACAUGGCCUCCUAACUUUAUUCAGUUGACAGCAAGUAGGAGGGCUCUAUGGAGGCAAGAAAAAAAAGACAAGAGCAGAAAAAUUAGUAUUUUCUAUCCUGAGAAAUUAAUGGCCAUGAGUUCUUAUAUGGUAAACUCUAAGUAUGUGGAUCCUAAAUUCCCUCCAUGCGAGGAGUAUGUGCAGAGCAGCUACCUAGCAGAGCAAGCCCCUGAUUUCUACAGCUCCCAGCAGGGCUCUGACUAUAACCAGCAUCCAGCUAUCUUCACCUCCCGGCCAAACUACAGCGAUGAGUCCUCCUUCAGCUGUAGCCACCAUGCACAAGGCUCUUCUGCAUUGCAGCCACGGGGUCACCAUGGGCAGGAACCACAGAACCCUUUCCCUGCUCCUGAGGAACCCUGCCCAGCUCCUGCCCAGAUCUCCAGACCCUGCAGCCAACAACAGCACCCUAAAAAUGGAAGUCUUUCCAAGCAGCCUGCAAUAGUCUACCCCUGGAUGAAGAAAAGCCAUGUCAUCUCAGUCAACCCAAAUUACACGGGAGGAGAACCCAAGCGCUCCAGGACUGCAUAUACCAGGCAGCAAGUUCUGGAACUGGAAAAAGAAUUUCAUUUUAACAGGUAUCUGACCAGACGUCGCAGGAUAGAAAUUGCCCACAGUCUGUGCCUCUCUGAGCGCCAAAUAAAAAUCUGGUUCCAGAACAGGAGGAUGAAAUGGAAGAAAGACCACAAGUUGCCCAAUACAAAGGGGAGAUCUUCAUCUGCUCCUUCUCAGCACAUACAAACUCUCACCAAGGAGCAUCAGACUGACCUCACCUCUUUAUAGGAAGAAAGGCAAAUUAUUAUUUUUAUUUUUACUUUUUAUUAUCCUUGCUUUGUAAUGACAUAAAAUAUUGCCAGGACUUCCUAUGUGCAGCAGUAAACCUGUUCGAGGACUAGAGAGCUCACACCUACCAGUAGAAAUUCUGGAGAUCAAAAACUGUGAGGACAUGUUUCUUUUUUUUUUAUAUUAUUAUUAUUAUUAUUAUUAUUUUUAUUUUUUUUUCUUGCCCACACAAUGAGGAUCCUGCAAUGAGAUCUAUGGAAAUAUGUCUUAGGUAAAUCUGUCUGUAUGUUCUGUCUGAUAGCACAGGGCAUGAUUGAGUUAACAAGGAAAUGGGAGAGCUAAAACAUAAAUGUGGGGACCAUAUGGGAAAGCUCUGCCAUGAUUUCGUUGUUCCUUCCUUGUGAAUACUGCCAGUAUUAUAAAUCACACCAUACCAAAUUACAGGGAAAUUAUUAUUAUGAAAAAAAACGGGUUUAUUUUUAUUUGUAAAGUGUAUUCACUUAUUUAUUUAUAGGGGACCUGAUUUCAGAAAACACAAGCAAAAUAAUCAUAAUAAGAAUACAACCACAAAGCCAAAAAUACACAAAGGAGAAUUGUUCUCAUGUAUAGUGUGGAUGGAGGACGCUCGCUCUGACUAUUCUAUAUAUUUAUGGAUGGGUUUAGGAUGAGAUGCCUGAAAUAGGAUUUUAGUUUGUAGACGAAAUGUAAUUUUGCGUUUUAAAGAGAAAUUUGAUAAAUGUGAUAUUUUUAUGGGAAAAAAAUCCACAGGGAGAAUAAAAGGUCAUAGUAAACUGUACAGUUACAUGUAGCAUAUUCUGUUUUAUUUGUAUUAUUUUCUGUAGCAAUAUACAACAAAUAAAAAGUCUUCUAUUAUA